UACCUGGCCUGGGCCCAAUUUGUAUGUGUAUCUUACCGAGGUCCAGUCUCACGGAGAGGGAGGAGAGGAGAGAGAGACGGAAGGAGAGAGAGGGAGAAAGAGUGCAGCCAUGGCGAAAGAAGACCGGAGUGAAGGAAAGGGCGUCGCUUCAGACCUUAUCAACUUCUUGAACGCUUCACCAACUGCAUUCCACGCCGUCGAUGAGGCGAAGAAACGGUUGUUAAAGGCGGGAUUUGAGCAGGUUUCGGAGAGAGAAGAUUGGAAUUUGCAGGCGGGAAAGAAGUAUUUUUUCACGAGGAACUAUUCCACGAUUGUUGCCUUUGCGAUUGGGAAAAGAUAUGUUGCUGGUAAUGGUUUCCAUAUAGUUGGUGCCCAUACUGAUAGCCCCUGUCUAAAACUGAAGCCUAUCUCAAAGGUGACUAAAGCUGGAUAUUUGGAGAUUGGUGUCCAAACAUAUGGAGGUGGUUUGUGGCAUACCUGGUUUGACCGCGACUUGACUGUCGCUGGACGGAUGAUUGUAAGAGAAGAGAAAGAUGGUUCUGUUUCGUACUCUCAUCGACUUGUUAGGAUUGAGGAGCCCAUAAUGCGAAUCCCGACCUUAGCAAUUCACUUAGACAGGGGUGUAAAUGAUGGCUUUAAGGUGAACGCACAGAAUCAUCUUGUUCCUGUAUUAGCCACUUCAAUGAAGGCAGAGCUCACUAAAGUUGUUGGGGAAAAUGGUCCAGUUGAAAGUGGAGCUCAAAAUGUUAAAAUGGGGAAGCAUCACUCUCUUCUACUCCAGCUGCUUGCAACUCAGGCUGGGUGUGAACCAGAUCAAAUUUAUGAUUUCGAGUUACAAGCAUGUGAUACUCAACCAAGCUUAGUUGCUGGUGCUAUGAAAGAAUUCAUUUUUUCAGGAAGGCUUGACAAUCUCUGCAUGUCAUUUUGCUCUUUGAAGGCAUUGAUUGAUGCAACAGCUCCAGAAAGUUGUCUUGACAAUGAGACUGGUGUGAGGAUGGUGGCCCUGUUUGAUCAUGAGGAGAUUGGAUCUGAUUCGGCACAGGGAGCUGGAUCUCCCGUCAUGCUGAAUGCUCUGUCAAGAGUCACAAACUCUUUCAGCUCAGAUUCUAAGCUGCUUGAGAAAGCAAUCCAGAGGAGUUUCCUUGUAUCUGCAGACAUGGCACAUGCCCUGCACCCGAAUUAUAUGGACAAACACGAAGAUAAUCAUCAGCCGAAGCUACAUGGGGGACUUGUCAUUAAACACAACGCAAAUCAACGCUAUGCAACUAAUGCAGUCACUUCCUUUGUAUUCAGAGAGAUAGCAGAUAAGCAUAACCUUCCUGUUCAGGAUUUUGUUGUCCGCAGCGACAUGCCCUGUGGUUCAACCAUUGGUCCUAUCCUGGCCAGUGGUGUGGGAAUCCGUACAGUUGACGUCGGUGCCCCACAACUAUCAAUGCAUAGUAUAAGAGAAAUGUGUGCAGUUGACGACGUGGAGCAUUCAUACAAGCAUUUUAAGGCAUAUUUCCAGGAGUUCUCCGAUCUCGACGGUAAGAUUACCGUGGACAUUUAGGUAGACUUGCUGUGGAUGAUUUUGAAAGCAUGAUUGCAAGGUUGUCAACCUUUCAUGCUUGAUUUGUGUUGUUAGAGGGUCAUUGCUUAAUAUAUCAAUGGCUCUUGUUUUACCAUGCUUUAUUUGCUUUGCACGCCAUGACUAUGGUCUGCUGCUUCGCUCUUAAAUCUUUGUAGAAUGGCACUCUCAUUCUGCUUACAUUAAUAUUUCUAAUAUUUUAACCCCAA